AAGAGAGCAACUGUUGUGUAGAUGUCACAACUACCAAGAGUGCGUGGAUUUACUGCAUGGGCUAACCUGCGUUUGCUAGCAUACGGCCACCAAGUUAAUGAUGUGGUCAGAGAGCUUCUCAAUGGCACCAACCUGAAGGCACUUUUACAAAGUUUUACUGGAAAGUCCUUGAGAAGAAUUCAAAACAUGGAUGGACUUUCGCAGCAGCAGAUUAUUACCAGAGUAGAAUGGUUUGUUGAAGAACUGAAGAAGGCCAAAGUCAUUCCAGAAGAUAUCAAAGUUGACUGUUAUGCAUUCACAGAAAAAAAUUUUGUAUGUAUACUUGAUUUUCUCUGGAAGCUGAUUGCCCAUGAUAUAUGGUUCACCUGGAAGCAUUUCAGCCAGCUAAGGAUUUCAGAUGACAAACUGGUGUGCUCAGAUGUCUUCAAGUGGACGCCAGAGGCACCACCAGCAACCAAACCACCAGAGACACCUUCACAUUCUUCUGUGGAUCUUAUUCUAAAUAAUGAGUCACUUUCACAGUCAUUUCAAACAUCUUCUAUGUCUCCUGUAGUAGAAAGAAGUAGCAAUUCUCCACUCACAGAAUGUGUUUCAGAGGACACAAGUGUCUAUCCUUCACCAGAUUGCUGCAUUUUGGACAUGACAAAUGCUCUUUUGGAGAUGGGUGACACUGGGAAGAACAUAAUUGUAAAGUCCUUGGAUGCUCUGGGAAAUGGACACAUUUUAUGUGCUUUAGCUAAUUCAUUUUUACCUGGAACAUUCACCAUUGACAUUCUCCUGAAUGACAGGUGGACAGCGAACCUGGCUUUGAAAACUCUGGAGAAGCUUUUUUAUAUUUCAUCUUCAUUUACAUCUGAUGAUCUGCAGGAGGGUGAUUCCACAGCUCUGUGUGCCUAUAUCUGCUGUAUUUUCAUGGCAGGCUACAAGUACAGACAAUUUACAGCAGUGGCAAAACGUCUUAAACAAUUGGAUAUCCAAAUUGCUGGCAUAAAGUCCAAACUUACAACUUUUCAAUCUGAAAUAUUAGACCAGGAGCAGAUCCUACAGAAAAGCCAGCUACAACAAUGGAUAAUAGAAUUUGAUAAUGGUAAGACUUUUUUCAUUUUGUUAAUAAGUGUUUUUUUGCAUUAAUUCUAAAAGAGAUAGCAGCCUUCCAAUACUAAAACUGAAUUUUAUAUAGAUUAUAGAAAAUCCCAAAAAUUUUGAAAAAAAAAAAGAAUUUGCAUGUAGGCUGAUGAAAUCGCAUCAAAAAUCAUACCAUUUAAUAAUGCAGUUGCAAGAUGGUCUUGAGCCAAAAUGAAAAACUAAAAUUCUCCUAAUAAAAUGUAUCAUCCUGAAUGCAGGAAGCAAUAGGGACCAAAUUGGAACUAUAAUGUCAUAGAAUUAUA